UCUCUCUCUCUCCUCUCUCUCUCUCUCUCUCUCUCUCUCUCAACAUCCCAAAAUCAAAAUCCUGUCAUGUAGUGAUUUCUCUCAAAGAUUGCCCAUGUUGUUCAAGCUUUAGAGCAUAAUAUUGUCUAGAGAGAGAGGAAAUGAGUUCUUAUUCUCCUUCUUGUAAGGCCAUGGCUGUUAUGGGGUUUAUUUGGCUUUUGUUAGUGAAUGGUUCCCAUCAACGGGGACAAUCGGUGGCAACUGGGAUGAUGACGAUAACGACGGCAGCUCAAUUCGGUGGAAUUUCUAAAGAGAUGGAGGUGGUCGGUGGUCGUGGUGGCAAGGACGUUGUUCGUUCAGAGUGGCAUCUCAACUACAUGAGUAAAAGAAGAGUUCCUAAUGGCCCUGAUCCUAUUCAUAACAGGAGAGCAGGAAACUCUGGAAGACCACCCGGCAAGGCUUAACCUCGGGAAUGAAACUGGGCUUUCAAGAUGACACGAGAUUGCACGAUCAGCCAUCUUGUAUGUGUUACUUUAGGAAUGAAUGAUGAAAACUUAUCAGAUCAAUUCUCGGUUAGAAUUUAGGACUCGUUUGAUAAUAUUUUUGUUUUUUAUUUUUAAAUUUUAAAGUUUAUGUGUAUUUAUUA